UUACCAACGUGAAGUGCAUCCGCUCAAGUCAGUCACAUGACCUAUAUGUCCUUGGUUUGGCAACUAGUGACAUGUGAGGAAAAGAAACAUGUCUUUCCCUAAAAAACCUGGUGGUAAAGCUUUAGAUAUUUUGCAGAGUCUCCCGCGGAUAACCUUAGCAAACUUGCGGCCUGAGCCAGGAUCCAUAAAGGCGGAUAAACGUCUGGGCAGAGGACAGCAUGGUGGCAACAGAAGCGGCCGAGGACAUAAAGGACAGCGACAGAGAGGCCAUCUGCCUCGGCUGGGAUUUGAAGGGGGUCACACUCCUUUUUAUCUCUCCAUCCCAAAAUAUGGCUACAAUGAAGGACACAGUCUGCGUCCUCAGUACCAACCUUUGUCAUUGAAACGGCUGCAGUACCUGAUUGAUCUGGGACGUGUGGACCCCACCCAGCCCAUAGACCUGACCCAGCUGGUGAAUGGCAGAGCAGUGACAGUCCAGCCUCUGAAGAGGGACUACGGAGUCCAGCUUGUUGAUGAGGGCGCUGAUAUUUUCGCUGCAAAAAUCAACAUUGAAGUUCAGAGAGCGUCUGAAGGAGUUAUAGCUGCUAUUGAGAGGAACGGAGGGGUCAUAACCACUGGUUUCUUUGAUCCUAUAAGUCUUGGUAUUCUCAUCAAGCCCAUACCGUUCUUCUUGCGUGGGCAGCCCAUUCCAAAGCGAAUGUUUCCAGGGGAGGAUAUGGUUCCCUAUUACACAGCUGCCGAAAACAGAGGUUACUUGGCAGACCCAAAGAAAAUCCAGCAGGCCCGGCUAGCCCUGGCACAGAAGUAUGGAUACAUUUUGCCAGACAUUUCAAAGGAUGAACUGUAUCACAUGCUGUCCAUGAGGAAGGAUGUUCGACAGAUCUUCUUUGGCCUUGCUCCAGGCUGGGUCGUUAACAUGCCGGAGAAGAAGAUUCUGAAACCAACUGAUGAGAAACUGCUGAAGUAUUACAGCUCAUAGGUGCUAGGAGAUGUAAAAUAAAUGUAUGUACAGUAUCUCAUGGGGGAAAUCAGAAAAUGACUGCGGUUUAGAUGUCGGAAAUGUAUUAGAAAACAAGUUUGUUUCCAUUUUCUAUUAAAAAAUGUGGAAAAGA